AUGGCGGGCGGCGGCGGCUGCGACGGCCAGGUGCCGCUGGUGAACCUCCUCCUGUACAACUACCUUCUGUCGAACAUGGUGCAGGGUCUGACGGAUCAGCCGGUGACGCAGACGGCGCUGCCGCGUUCCGGACUCGCGGGGGCCAUACUUCAGGGCUCGGGCCUGCAGGGUCCCAUCCUUCAAGGACCGAUCCUCUCCACCUCGGUGGAGACGCUGACCCGACUCGUGACCGCGACCUCGACGACGACCAAGGAGCUGCCCAUCAUCUACAGGGGCGCCCGGAUCGUGACGACCAUCACUGGCACUCGCGUCGAAACCGAGACCAAGACGGAGUUGCGGACUCACACAUUCACGAUCACGCCGACUCCAGUGCAGACGACGAUCGUCCAGACGGAAGAACCGGACACGACUUUUGCCCCCGAGCCGAUCCGGCGAUCUCGGCCGUUUCGGACGCGACACAACUUCAGAGAUUCAUUUCUCGAGCCCGACCUUCAAGGCUCGGAAAAUUCUCCCGUGAUCGUGGACCCGUCUCCGACCCUGUCGGACGCACCGGACGACCCACCGGUCGACCCCACGGACCGAAAACCGUGGAAGCCGGAAAAAACGACGACGAUCGUGACGACAUCGUCUGUGUCGAACAAGUCCCAGCCGCAGCCGACGUCGGAUCCCACCUCGCCCGAAUUCGAGGAGGAUCCGGAGACGGGAGCCAUGACGGUGGCCGUGUCCGUGUCGCACAGCUCGAGUGUCAGCACUUCCUCGGGGUCCACGCUGCCCUUGGACCGGGUCAAGCGACACAGCGACAAGAAAUCCGAUUUUUUCAAGCUCUUCGAUAAGGAGCCUUUCUGGAAGCUCGGCGACGUCCGUCCCACCGACCCGAUGCUGGAGGAGCCACCCGACGCCUUCGACCCCUUCGGCGACUCCUCCUACUCCAGCCCCGUCGUGGAAGUGAAUCUCGACGGGGCGAUCCGCGACAACCCGCUGAAGAGGCUCGCAGAUGCCAUCGCCGGCGCGGUGGAGGGCGCGCUGCAUCCCGGCGGAUCCAAGCUCCUCCACGGCGACCCGCUCAAGGCGAUGAAGAAGAUGAUCCACGACUCGGUGGAGGAGGUGAUCCGCAAGGAUCCCAUCGCCGGGGACGCAAUCGACAAACUCCAGCGGGAGAAGGCGAGCAUGGAAAACGAGCUGAAGAGGAAUCUCUGCACGCCCGAGACGGUCAUUCGAGUCGUGACGAGCACCGUCUAUCUCCCGUCCACAUUGAAUUUGUGCCCCUACCCCGAUAGGAAUGCUUCUAUCAAUUGCACGUACUGA